AUGAUGAUUUGUUCGGCUUAUUGCUAUCUAUUAAUAAUAUUAUCCAUGACAGCUGUAAAUUCUUUAUCUGAUUUAUCUGAACGAGUCAAAACAAGCAUAAAGAAUUUCAAUUUAACUGAAGCACGACAAGUACUUUGCCCAAUAGGUGGUUACCAAAAUGCUCAUUAUUGUCCUGGUAUCAAUGAAACUACUAACGACAAAAGUAAAGCUCGGAGUACACCUAUUCCACCGUUCUUACUACCACAAGGAUGA